AUGACCAGAUACACAAAGAUGGGAGGCAAAAAGACUUUUGAAAAGUCGGAUGGCAGCUUCAAAGUAACACCUUUAUUACCUCGUAGUCAACAACAGCAACAACAAGGGGAUGGCUCUAGCAGAGGUGGAUUCCGUGGAGGCAGAGGUGGAAGUGGAAGAGGAAGAGGUGGAGACAGAGGCGGCAGAGGUGGUGGCCGUGGUGGAUUCCGUGGUGGUAGAGGAGGAGGAGGAGGAGAUCGAGGUGGAUUCAAGAGAGGCAGAGACGACGACUUUGAGGGAGGAUCCAACAAGAGAAGAACCGGCGAUGUCUGUUUUGCUUGCAGAAAGCCUGGUCAUUCAGUGAAUCGAUGUCCUCAGAAUAAAGAACAUGCCAACAUUUGUUACAAUUGCGGUACUACUGAGCAUAGUUUGAAGGACUGUAAACGACCCAGAAAAGGCAAUGAACUCCCUUACGCUAAAUGUUAUGUCUGUAAUCAAGAGGGCCACUUAUCCGGCCAAUGCCCCAAGAAUGAAAGAGGUUUAUACCCCAACGGCGGUAGCUGUGCCAUCUGUCAACAGGUGGAUCAUUAUGCCAAAGACUGUCCUGUGACAAAAGAGCAAGCUGGCACCACAGCAGUGGGUAUGAUCAACCUGGAUCAAGGUGCGGAUGACGACGAUUACCACAUUUUUGCAGAGACCAAGCAAAAGAUUGCAGAUGAACAAAAGAAGGAAAAGAUGAUCAAGAAGCAACUUGCCUCUGCUGCUACCACCAGCAGCAGCCAAUUGCCCCAAAAGAAGAAGGUGGUUAAGUUUUAA